AUUCCUCGUGAGGCGGCCUCCAGAUCCAGAAAGUCCUGUUUGUUGAUCACAUCGUUGCCCGACUCUGAUCCCAAUUAUGACACCGACUCCAACCCCUCCUCUGAGCCCCUCCUCUCCGACCCCUUCUCUGAGCCCAACUCUAACUCCGACUCCGACGGCACACCCGCUCUGAGGGCGCGCUCUUUGAGCCCACAAUUUCUGACCCCCACUGAUCUGCACUCCUAUGACGACAGCCCCCUAUCGAAAUGUACGCCCGCUCUCAGGGCCCGCCCUAUUAGCCCCCUCUUUGCCGCACUCUAUGGCGCACACUAUGACACCCCCUCUGACCCACUUUCGGACACCCUUUCCGACAACGACGAGAGUCCCGUCACUGAAGGCACGCCUCGACUUAAGUUCGCCCCCAUUGACCCCCUUUACGCCUCAUUCUAUGGCACCCCCUCUGACAACCCCUCCCUCUGUGACCUGAUUUCGAGUACUAACCGAUGGCUAACCGUUGACCACAACUCCAACCGUAGGGACGACUGCAAGGCUCAGACCAGCGGCUACUCUGGCGCUCAGUUUAAGAGUUUCAACACAUCUCAAGAGGCCAUGGAAUACAUGGGUGGCGGCGGCGGUGGUCAACGAUCGCACGGCACGAAUGGUAACUCUUCGUCGUUGACAGCGGCCGGCGGCGACACAUAUGACAACUUCGACGAUGACGACGACUUCGCCGGUGACACUAUCUAUGGACGGCCGGUAUCGCAGAUCAGGUCCAGCGGUCACUCUGAGCCCCGGUUCGAGAUGUAUACGGACGGCGCGUGUCAUGGGAACGGCAUGGCGGGCGCCCGCGCCGGCAUCGGUGUCCACUUUCCCAACCGUCCCGAUAAGGAUAUUAGCGAACCCCUGGCCGGCCGUCAGACCAACAAUCGCGCGGAGAUACAGGCGGCCCGUCGGGCGCUGGAAGUGGCCAAAGAGUUGGGUCACUCGCGGGUCGAGAUCAAGACCGACAGCGAGUUUAUGAACAAAUCGGUGAACGAGUGGAGCCAUAAAUGGCGUCAAAACAAUUGGCGGACCAGCGCUGGCAACGAUGUGAUCAACAAACAGGACUUUCUGGAUCUGGAGGCCGCCUCACGAGGAAUGGACAUCAAAUGGGUUUGUCUUUAA